AAAAAGGAUCCCGAACAGAAGAAGAUGAACAAAGGAACGAGCAAAGAGGUGUUUGGCUACCCGAUUAGCAUCUUUUUCAUCAUUGUCAAUGAGUUCUGCGAGAGGUUCUCCUACUAUGGAAUGCGAGCCGUGCUGGUGCUGUACUUUACGAACUUCUUCCACUGGGAUGAUGACUUGGCCACCUCCGUCUACCACGCUUUUGUGGCUCUCUGCUACCUGACACCCAUCCUCGGGGCCACUGUGGCCGACUCCUGGUUGGGAAAGUACAAGACUAUCAUCUACCUGUCCAUUGUCUAUGCCAUCGGCCAGGUUGCGAUGGCAGUCAGUGCGAUCCAUGACAUCACUGACACGGAUGGAGAUGGGACACCAAACAACAUGACCUUUCAUAUAGCAAUGUCCAUGGUGGGUCUGGUCCUCAUCGCUCUGGGCACCGGCGGCAUCAAACCUUGUGUUUCUGCCUUUGGGGGAGACCAAUUUGGUGAUCACCAGGACAAGCAAAGGAGAACUUUCUUCUCUGUAUUCUACCUGUGCAUCAACGGUGGGAGUCUCCUGUCAACCAUUAUCACUCCCAUCCUCAGAGCUCAGGAGUGUGGCAUCAAGAGCAAGGAAAGCUGUUAUUCUCUGGCCUUCGGUGUCCCUGCAGCACUAAUGGUGGUUUCACUCUUGGUGUUUAUUGUUGGGAGUGGUUUGUACUACAAAGAUGAACCACAGGGAAACAUCAUGGUGGAUGUGUGUAAAUGUAUUGGGUUUGCCAUUAAAAACCGCUACAGGCACAGAAGCAAACAAUACCCAAAGAGGCAGCACUGGAUGGACUGGGCUGACGAAAAAUAUGAUAAACUCCUCAUCGCCCAGAUCAAAAUGGUGCUGAGGGUCCUCUUUUUAUACAUCCCACUGCCGAUGUUCUGGACCCUCUUUGACCAAAAGGGAUCGAGAUGGACUCUGCAAGCCACCACAAUGGAUGGAAAUUUUGGUGCUCUGAUUGUCCAGCCUGAUCAGAUGCAGACUGUUAACCCCAUCCUGAUCCUGACUCUGGUGCCUAUUAUGGACUUCUGUAUAUACCCUCUGAUCAAAAAAUGUGGCCUGGACUUUACACCUUUGAAGAGAAUGACAGUGGGGAUGUUUAUGGCUUCUAUAGCUUUUGUCUGUGCUGCUGUGGUCCAGCUUGAAAUUGAUAAAACAUUGCCCAACUUUCCAUCCACCACCCAGGGUCAACUGAAAUUACUGAACAUGGGCAAUAAUCCAGUUACAGUCAGGUUGCCUGGCAAUGAGCCACAGGACCUUCCUGCAAAUACAGCCAGUCUCGAUUACUUCACGUUUGAAUCAGAACAAAUCAAUGUUUCAAUAAGCAGCCCUGAAGUGACAAGAAAUAUUUCCUUGUCCAUGGGAGAGCGGCAAACACUUCUUAUUCCCUCAGACCUCACUGACGAAUGGCUGCAGACUGAGGAUUUGACUUCCAAGCCAAAACAGGGACAAAAUGCAGUCCGAUUUGUAAAUGGAAUGAACACAGUGGUGAACGUAUCUACUCCAUCUGUCUACUUUGGACUAAUAGAACCACUUUAUUAUACCAACUACUCCCUGAUCAAAAAUGGAGAGCACACAUUCACUCUGUGGAAUGACGCACAAAAAUGUGACUUCACCAUGACGUUUAGAUUCGGAAGCGCAUAUACCUUCUUCAUCAACAGCAAUUUGUUCUCAGAUUGUCUGAAGUCUAUCACUCCAAUACAAGACAUGCAACCAAACUCAGUUAGCCUGGCCCUCCAGAUCCCACAGUACUUCUUCAUAACUGCAGGUGAAGUGAUGUUUUCCGUCACUGGUCUGGCGUUCUCUUAUGCACAGGCACCCAGUAACAUGAAAGCGGUGCUGCAGGCAGGUUGGUUGUUAACCAAUGCUGUUGGCAACAUUAUUGUUCUGAUUGUGGCUGAGGUGGCAAAGCUUCCAGAGCAGUGGACCGAGUUCGUCCUCUUCGCCUGUCUCUUGAUUGCAGUGUGCUUUAUCUUCUCCUUUAUGGCGUAUUUCUACACCUACAUUGACCCUGCGGAAAUUGAGGCCCAGUUCAAGAAGAAGGAUGAUGAUGAUGACGAGGAUGACAAAAGCAAGAGAAAGAGGGCAGAGGUGGAGAUGGUCAAGAGACGCUCAGUAAACAGUCACGAUGAAGAGGCUAAACAAACCAGAAUAUGAGCAAUCAAAAAGAAGCAGAUUAGAUACCCAUACUGCACUUUUAUGCAGUUUGACAUCCACACAUAAGGGAAAAUGAAAUGUACAUGAGCGAGAGCGAGAGAGAGAGAGAUAUUGUUAUUACUGUUGUUUUUGCUGAUUGUUGUAAAUAAUUGUUAAUAUUGUUAUUUGCUUUGGCAAUGUUGUUGACAUACAAUCGUGCCAAUAAAGCUUAUUGAAAUUGAAAAAAAAAUUCAGAGAGAGAGAGAGAGUGCGUGUGCGAUGAAUGUUUUAUAUUUUAAUGGCAAAAUGACUAUCAAAAGCAAGUCCUUUCACUUUAUAUUUCCAUAUAACACAUCAUUUUAAUGUUAACUUAUGUAGUAUUGUA